AUUUCUAAAUUGUUACAAUCAAAGAAAACAAGUUCAACUAAUUUAGUAGAGAAAUGUUUAUCACGAAUUACAAAAUACAAUGAUAAAAUCAAUGCUUUCAUAUCAAUUCAAGAUAAAGAUGAGUUAUUUAACAGGGCAAACGAAGCAGAUCAAAGAUUUAAUCGAGGAAAACAUAAAGGUCAUUUAGACGGUAUUCCAAUAGCUUAUAAAGAUGUAUUUUGUACAAAAGAAUUAAACACUACUUGUGCAUCAAAUAUGUUAAAAGAUUUUAAAUCUCCAUACAAUGCAUCAGUUGUAGAAUAUCUUAACAGUGCUGGCGCUAUAAUGAUGGAAGAGUUAGAGGAGGAUAGAGUUGCUGGAGGUAGCUCUGGAGGCAUUAGGCUUCCUGCUUCAUAUUGUGGAGUUAUUGGAUUUAAACCAUCAUAUGGUCAAUGUUCUAGAUGGGGUUUAGUUGCAUAUGCAAAUUCAUUAGAUACAGUUGGCAUUUUGACGAGAACAGUUGAUGACUCUAAAUUAGUAUACGAUUUAAUAUCAAAGUAUGAUGUAAAAGAUUCAACCUCAAUUCCACCAGAGGUACGAGAAUUCAAUAAUUCAAUACCAUCAUUUUUCAAUCCAAAAAAUAACAAUAACCCAAAUGAUUUGAAUGGUUUACGUGUUGGAAUACCAAAAGAAUUCUUUGUAGCUGAAUUGAAUAAAUCCAUUAUUGAUUUAUGGAGAAAAGGAAUUUCAUAUCUUCGCUCAUGUGGUGCAACAAUAGUAUCCAUCUCAUGCCCUAAUACAAAAUAUGCACUACCGGCUUAUUAUAUAUUAGCACCUGCUGAAGCGUCAUCUAAUUUAGCAAGAUAUGAUGGUUUAAGAUAUGGGCAUCGAAGUGAUAAAGACUUAGCAAAAAAGGAUGAUAUCAACAGUAGCAGCAAUAACAACAAUGGUGGUAUUAGUAAUGACGGCAAUGACUUAUUUUAUGCUAAUACAAGAGAUGAAGGAUUUGGUCAGGAAGUAAAACGUAGAAUAAUGUUAGGUGCUUAUACAUUAACAGCUGGAUCAUAUGAAAACUAUUUUCUCCAAGCACAAAAAAUUCGUAGAAUUAUACAAUCAGAUUUUGAUAAAAUUUUUCAAAGACAAAACCCAUUAUCAAUGAUGACAAAAAACCGAGACAAUAACAAAAACAGUAAUUAUCCUCAUCAUCAAUUAGUAGAUGUAAUACUAACACCUGUUGCAAUGUCAACGUCACCAACAUUAGAAAAUUGUCUUUCAAUACCAGGCACUUUUUCUUCGACAACAUCAUCAUUAAUUAAAGAUCAAAGAAACGAUGAUUAUGAUAAUAAAUUUGUAGAUGCAUAUGUAAAUGAUGUCUUCACAGUUCCUGCAAACUUAGCUGGUAUCCCAGCUAUCAGUAUUCCAUUUGGAAAAUCUCCUUUAGAUGGAUAUCCAAUUGGAUUGCAAUUAAUGGCACAAUAUGGUGAUGAAAAUACUUUAUUAAAUGUUGCAAAGGUUUUAGAAGAAGGUGGAAAUGAUGAUGGUUUCAAUUAUGAAUCUAUUUAA